AAAAAACAUUUUUGUCAACAAAUCAAACAAUCUUGGUUAAAGUGCAUUGAAACAACUAAAUUAACAUUAAAUACAUACAUAAGUAAUUAAGAACAGUAUAAAGUAUACAAUCCAACUGAAGAUCAAGCUGAAAAAUGGAUGAAUUUAUGCAAAGAACGAGAAACAUGAAAAGUGGUGUGAAAAUCAGUGAUUUUCUUGGUGAAGGAGCCAAAUUCGAGAUUGAAACCACAGAAGAAGACGCUAAUUAUGAUUAUUCAAGUGAAAUCGAUUUUAACAACUUUCCUGGAUCUGAAGAUCAUUUGAUUCCAUUAGAUGUGCCAUUUAGUGAACUAAAGCUCAAGAUGAACGAAGUUGUACAAGAUGUUUGGAAGAAAAUCUACAUAGAAGCACCAAAAACUGCCAUUUCUGUUGAUUUAUCAAGGCAUCGAGUAACUUAUCAUCGAAACUUGUAUAUGGAAGCAGAUUCUCAUCCGUUUGACUCUACAUGGCUGAAUAAGAAACCUCAUAUCAUUAAUCCACAUGAGACUGAUCAGAUUCUUGAAGGCAUGUUGGAUGCAUUAGGCACAAUGAAGGCAGGCGAACAAUCGUAUUUUCUCAUUUCAUAUCGUAAAAUGUUUAAGGAACAAGGAUGUGAACCAAGAGUUUUGCCUAAUGCUGACAUAUUUUGUGACUUGAAGGUCAUUAAAGUUGAAGAAAUUGGUGAUCAGAGCAAUAUUGAUCAAUUAAAGGAACCAACUCUUCAAAAAGCAUUCCAAGAUGCCAAAGUUAUCUAUAAUGACGGACGUUUACGUGCCAAAAGUCUAUUUGAGAACCGAAAGAUUGAGUCAGCAAUUAAAAUUUAUGAAAAGAUUGUUCAAUUGCUUCAAUUUUGUAAGACAAAGUCAGACGAUGAAAAACGAGAACUCAAUGAAAUGAUGAUUCAGAACUUUACAAACUUAGGCAUUUGCUACAAUUUACGUGACAAUCCAAACAAGACAAUCUCUAUAGUACAACAAAUUGAGGCAUUAACUAGCAUCAAUAAGAACUCUAAAAUUCUGUUCAUGAAAGGAAAAGCAUUGAGACUUUUGGGUGAUUACAAACCAGCAUCAAUUGCUUUAGAACAAGCAUAUCGCUUAUCACCAAUGAAUAAUGCUAUUGGAAAGGAACUGCAGAUUUUGGAUGCUUCAAUAUCGAGUUAUAAGGAUAUUAGUAAGAAGUUUGCUGACAAGCUGUUCAUUAAGUAGCAAUAGACUGGAAAUCGAACUGGAAGUGUUGGAAAAAGAAUGGAAAACUGAUGGAAUUGGGAUUCUAAAUUAAUGGAAAGAAAGAAAAUAUUGGAAGUAAAACUUUUUUUAUCGAAAAAUAUUCAAAUUACAUUUAACUGUCAAAUUCGUAAUUUAAAAGUAAAGCAACUAUACGUUAAUUAAACUGUUUUAAGAAUCAUUAAUAUAUUUAAUAAAUCUAAGAGAACCAAUAGCUCAC